GUAAGUAACCAUUCUACAGUUACAUCUAUAAUUACUAAACUAAAAGUAUUAAAAACAAUCAUGAAUCGUUUAACUUUCUUCGCCGUUGCACUCUCGUUAGUCUUUACCAUCGCCAAUGCACAAAGCGAGUUAGACACCGACAUUUCGGAAGAGCCUACUACAGUCACCGAUAACAUCAAUGAGAAUUUAACUAAAUUGGAUUUAACUAACAAAGAAUUCGAAGCACGGGAAGAUGAAAUGGCCACCGAAAUGGCCUAUAUGAUAACGUUCAUUACAAAGUCCUUAGCAGAUAUUUCAAAAAUUACAGAAAACAUGAAAAGUAUGAGCAACAAAUCGAAUAUCGAUGAAGCUUCUAUGAAAAAUCUUGUUAAUCAUCUAGUAAGUUUUAAAGAAGACGACAACACGAUGGAAGAUCAAAUUAAACGUGUAUUGGAAUAUAGACAGCAAUUCAAAUCAGCAAUUCUAAAAUAUUUAAAGAAUAUGCCAAUUGACACUGAAGAUGCRAAAUUAAUGGAAAAAGAACUACGUAAUCAGAUGAAAAAACGAUUGCCUAAUAUCCCAAUUUCGGAGAACAUAAUGGAUCUUCCUGCAAGUAUGCAAAAUAUGCUACCAAAUUAAAUUCAAAAUUAUUUAAUUUAUUUUGUAAUUGUACUUUAAAGUUUAUUUCCGGUAUUAUUAAUUAUGUCGC